AUGAAAUUAAUAAAGAGGAAGAUAUAAGGAAUAUCUCUAAUUUCUUAUCUCAGUCUCAUAUACAAAAGAUACAAAAUCCAGAGUGAAAUUAAAUACUAUAGUAUCAAUUCUAUAGAUAUGUAGGUAGAUAUUUUAGACAUUGGAAUUUAGAGAUGUUUAAAUUUAUUGUGAACUUGAGAGUUAAUAGAAGUAAGUCAUAGAAGUAAGUCAUAGAUCAAACCUUAGAUAUUGCGCAAAGGAGUUAAGUGAGAUUUUAGACUCCAAGAAAACCAAAUGA